AUAUUGGUAUGAGAUAUCAUUCAUGCUGUUUUUCUCAUAAAUAAAAUAUUAAAUAUAUGUUAUUUAAAAUUAGAGUUCUAAAAAAUACAUUAUUAUAAAUUUAUAUAUAUAUAUAUGUAUGUGUGUGUAUGUGUGUGUGUUGUGUGUAUAUUAUAAUUAUAUAUUUUGAUAUUAAAAUUUAUAUCUCAAAUACCGUAAAUAUUUAUUCAAUGAUGAAUAAUACAAAAAAAAUCAAUGUAAAUUUUUCAUCUCUUGUGGGUUUAAAAGCAGAACUUUUAAAAAAACAACAUGAAGUAAAUGAAGCAAAAUUAAAAUCAGAAACAAUUUAUAGUAUUCCAAAAUUGCAGAAAAAAAAAUCCUCAAAAACUGAAGAGGAACAUAAAAAUGAAAAUUUGAAAAAAUUAGAGUAUAUUGAAGAUAUUGAUACUCAUAAAAAGUCAAAAUUAAUGUUAACAGCAAAGGCAAGGUUGUAUGACCAAUUAAAAAAAUCUAAAACUACCAAUGAAAAUUUUCUUGUUGAUUUCACAAAUAAAUCAGAUGAAUCUGAAGAAGAAUUAUUACAAAAAGAUGAAGAAAAUGAUGCAAUAUUAGAAAAUGAAGAUGACUGGGUAGAAUAUGAAGAUUGUUUUGGUCGCACAAGAAAAUGUUUACGUGAAGAUUUAUGUUUAAUGCAAGAAAAAGAUCAAUUAAUAAAACAACAAAUAAUAAAUAAAAAAGGAAUUGAUCCAAAAACAAAUAAUAUUAUUGAACAAAAUUAUACUCAAGAAGAAAAAGAACCUGAAAUAGAAAUUAUGAGAAGAAAAUGGGAAGAACAAACAAAAAAAUUAACUGAUAAAGUAAAUAUACAUUAUCAAGAUAUUUUAUUUGAUGAAGCCAGAACCCAUGGUGUUGGUUAUUAUGCAUUUUCACAAGAUGAAGAAGAAAGAAUCAAGCAACAGGAAAAUUUAUUCAAUUUAAGGAAGGAAACGGAAAGAAAACAGAAAGAAAUAAAAGAAUUAAAAGAAUUGAAAGAAAAAAUGGAAUAUAAUAGAUUAAAAGCAGCUAAAAUUAGACAGCGUAUUAGAGCAGGAUUACCAAUAGAUACAGUAGAAGAAGAAUUCAGAAAAAAAAAUAGUGAAUAUAAUCAAAAUACAUCAGAUAAUAUACAUAUUGCAGAAAAAAAUUUGAUUGAAAUUAAAGAAAAAGAAAGUAAUGAAAAUCAAAAUAUAGAAAUAAAUAAAGAAAUAGAAAAAGAAAAUAAAAUAAAAAUUUUAGGAGAAUUUUUAGGAAAAAGAACUCAUUGGUAUGAAAUGUCUCAGGAAGAAUGGAUUCACAAAUGUAGAAAAAUUAGGGUUAAUGAAUUUGGACCAGUAUAUGAAAAUUUCAAAAGUGCUGGUUAUUUAAACUCUGAAAAUAUUAAUGUAGCAUUAAGAAUUAAUAAUAAUGAGAAAUUUCAACCAUAUGAAAUGAAUAUUCAGAGUAAUAUAAAAACUAAUAAUAAAGUAAAUAUAGAUACUUAUAAUAUACCACUUCCUCCUAAUUUAAUUAUAAAUGAUUCUAAUAUUGAGGAUAAUAAAACAAUAAAUCAAAAUAAUUUUACCCAACAAAUUCAGCUUAGACAACAAGAAUCCAAUAAUAUAUUACAGAAUCAGAUGAUACCAAAUAGAAAUAUAGAUGAAGCAAGUAUAGCAGCUGGUCUUAAAUAUUUGAGAGAAAAAUUUGAAAAAAGUCAAAACACUUGAGAUAUCUAUAAAAUUUAUAUAAUAAUAUGUUUAAAUAUAAUAUAUGUUUGUAACAAUAUACAUAUAGACAUUAUCAUAUAUCAUUCUCUUUAUACCAAAGAAUGCAAUUUGACUUAUAAGGAUUCAUAUUUUAAAUAUGAAAAUAAUUAUUAAGAGUAACAUUUUUGAGGUGUAAUAUUUAUUUCAAAAUGCAAUUUUAUAAACUAUUUUAUCAUUAUAAAUUGAAGUUAACUAUAAAAAAACAUCAAAUAGAAAAUUUACAUUUGUGCUUCUGGCAUAAAAGAGAUGAUAGAUGAUUAAAAUAUUAUAAUAGAAUUAUUUACGAUAAUAAAAUAUAUUUAUAAAAAAUA